UGCCGUUUUCUGAUCACAAAGUUGCAACAAUGGAGAAAUCGAGCCCAACGCUUGAGAGCAGAAAGAGGAAGAUGGCCGGUGAAGACGAAGACGAAGAUGUUAAGUUGAAGGGAAAGCGUACUGAACAAGUUGAAAAUUUGAGGAAAGUUUCAAGGCAGGAGUAUUUGAAGAAUAGGGAGAAGAAGAAAUUAAAGCAACUCAGAGAUGAUAUAGAAGAUGAGCAAUUUUUGUUUGAGAAAAUCGAAAAAUUGAGCGAACCAGAAAAACGUGAAAAUUCAUACAAGCAAAAAAUUGUUGAAUUGGUUAGUAAGGAGCAGCAGUGCCACGACGCCGGUGAGGAACGUGAGAUUCAUCCACAACAAGCUUGGGAGGAAAAUCAAAUCAACAAUGCGAAACUUAAUUUUGGAUCUAAAGACAGAAAACAGAAGGAUUAUCAAUUUGUGUUUGAAGAUCAAAUUGAAUUCAUCAAAUCAACUAUAAUUGAUUCAGAUUCAGAUGUUGAUAAUGAGAAGCUGCAAUGUACCAGAAAUUCGAAACUUAACGAGGAUAGGAAGGAUUUACCAAUUUAUCCGUACAAGGAUGCUUUGCUCCAAGCUGUUCAUGAUCAUCAAGUUCUUAUUAUAGUUGGAGAAACGGGUUCCGGGAAGACAACUCAAAUACCUCAAUAUCUACAUGAAGCAGGUUUUACUAGAAGCAGUGGGAAGAUGAUUGGUUGUACUCAGCCUCGAAGAGUUGCGGCAAUGAGAGUUGCUGCGCGUGUUUCACAUGAAAUGGGGGUUAAACUUGGUCACGAGGUUGGUUAUUCUAUUCGUUUCGAGGAUUGUACUUCUGAGAAAACUAUUCUCAAGUAUAUGACUGACGGAAUGUUGCUGAGAGAAUUCCUUACCGAGCCUGAUUUAGCAAGCUAUAGUGUUAUAAUGAUUGACGAGGCUCAUGAAAGAACAUUGUCAACGGAUAUCCUGUUUGGGUUGAUAAAAGAUGUAGCUCGUGCUCGACCACAUCUCAAGUUUCUUAUAUCUAGCGCCACCCUUGAUGCAGAGAAGUUCAGUGAUUAUUUUGACCAUGCUCCGAUUUUUAAUAUACCUGGAAGGCGAUUUCCGGUUGAGAAACAUCAUUUAAAAGCACCAAUCUCUGAUUACUUGAAUGCAGCAGUAGUUACUGCACUUCAGAUUCAUGCAACUCAACCACAGGGUGAUGGUGAUAUAUUAAUCUUUUUGACGGGGCAGGAGGAGAUUGAAACAGCUGAGAAUAUUAUUAAUCGCCGAAUAAGAGCUUUGGGAACGAAAAUAGCUGAGUUGAUAACCUGCCCAAUAUAUGCAAACUUACCAACUGAACUACAAGCCAAGAUAUUUGAGCCUACUCCUGAAGGGGCUCGUAAAGUUGUCCUGGCUACAAAUAUAGCUGAGACAUCGUUGACGAUUGAUGGGAUCAAGUAUGUUAUUGAUACAGGGUUUUGUAAGAUCAAUUGUUACAACCCUCGAACAGGAACUGAGUCAUUGAUGGUGGCUCCUAUCUCAAAGGCAUCUGCCAACCAACGUGCUGGUCGAUCAGGACGAACAAGUCCUGGAAAGUGCUUCCGGUUAUACACUGAACAUAGCUACAUGAAUGAUUUGGAAGAUAGCACAAUUCCAGAAAUACAAAGGACUAACCUUGCAAAUGUUGUGCUCUUACUCAAAAGCGUAGGGAUUACCGACUUGCUGAACUUUGACUUCAUGGAUCCUCCACCAGCUGAAGCUCUACUUAAAGCCCUGGAACUGUUAUUUGCACUUGGUUCCCUUGAUAAGGGUGGUAAGUUAACCAAAGUAGGUGAAAGAAUGUCCGAGUUUCCUCUGGAUCCAAUGCUGUCCAAGAUGAUAGUUGCCUCUGAUAAGUACAAGUGCUCAGCUGAGAUAACAAGUAUUGCUGCAAUGCUUUCUGUCGGGAAUUCAAUCUUCUAUCGUCCAAAGGACAGACAAGUCCAAGCUGACAAUGCGUGGAUGAACUUUCAUGUUGGCAAUGUGGGAGAUCAUAUUGCUUUGCUUAAGGUUUACAAUUCCUGGAAGGAAACAAAAUUUUCAACUCAGUGGUGCUAUGAGAAUUAUAUCCAGGUCAGAAGCAUGAAAAAGGCUAGAGAUAUCCGAGAUCAGUUAGAAGGUCGGCUUGAAAUGGUUGGAAUUGAUUUGACUUCAAAUGUUAAUGACUUGGAAGCUAUUAAGAAGUCUAUAAUAUCAGGAUUUUUUCCCCACUCAGCAAGGCUACAGAAGAAUGGAGCUUAUCGAACUGUUAAACAUCCCCAGACAGGUUACAUUCAUCCAAGCUCGGGUUUAUCACAGGUACUUCCUAGAUGGGUUGUCUACCAUGAGCUGGUCCUGACAACUAAGGAAUACAUGCGGCAGGUAACUGAAUUGAAACCAGAAUGGCUUGUAGAAGUAGCUCCUCACUAUUAUCAGUUGAAAGACGUUGAAGACUCAAGCUCGAAAAAAAUGCCUCGUGGAAUUGGCCUUGCAUCUUCUAAAUAG